AUGCGACAACACAACUAUGUACAAGGUAUACCAAAGGAGGUAAUCCAUGGAAAUUUCUCUUUGGAACUGGAACAAUGCAAGUCUGAUAAAGAUUCUAUCACGCUGUUUUACAAGGGUACACCAUCCUGUAAAUUUCAUUGGGAUAGAAGGACGAUUUACUUGAUCGACGGUGGAAGGCCAGUCAACCAAGGUUUUGAAACUGCUCCCAACUAUAUGGAUUGGUACCGGAAUGUUUCUCAUCUUCGUGUAAUCCGUAAUCUUAAAGCAAAUCCCGCACCAUCGUAUAAGAGUAUCCUCAAAGAGAAACCUGCGGGUUUUGAUAGAUUGGUGAGCAGGUUCAAGAGUUUGUCCAAAUAUGACACUAAUUGCAUAAAGGCCGGAAAUCCUGUGCCACUUGAGAAGAUAAAAAAAGCACCAAGGAUGGGAAGUAAUAAGAACACAGAGGAGUUUUUCCUGGAAGAAGAAGAAGAAGAUAUUGAAGAAAACAAAGUAAAUAGUUGUAGCAGUAGUAGUAGGAGUUACAACAAUGAUGAUGAUGAUGAUGAUGGUGAAGCGGACAAUAAUGAAGGUGAAGGAGGUGGUGGAAUCGGGUCAACAUUUAGUUCUCAACAAUGGCCUAGGAGUUAUAAGGAAACGACAGAUUCUUUCAUCAUUAACCCAUCGCCUAGCAUUGGGAGCUUUGGAAUCAGUCAUCGUGUGCCUAGUUAUAGAUAUUCUGGUGUUGACAUCUCCGCUAGGACUUCUAGAAGUGAUGUUGAUUUCGACGGAAAAGCUCCGCUGUUGUCUGACUACGGAACCAUAUUCCCAAAACAAGAUUCCUCGGGUUUAGGUAUUAUAGAUGAGCAAUUUAUUGGAGAAGGACAUAUUGGUCAAGGGUGCAACUUUACUCAGACCAUAUUUAAUGGGGUAAAUGUAUUGGCUGGUGUCCGACUUCUAUCAACACCGUUUACAAUCAAAGAAGGUGGUUGGGCAAGUUUGGCAGUAUUGGUUCUUUUUGCAGUUGUUUGUUGUUAUACGGGUGUUCUCAUGAAACAUUGUUUUGAGAGCAAAGAAGGCAUCAUGAGUUACCCUGAUAUUGGAGAAGCUGCUUUUGGGAAAUUUGGACGUCUUUUCUUAUCCAUUGUUCUAUACACAGAGCUAUAUUCAUAUUGCGUGGAAUUUAUUAUUUUGGAAGGGGAUAAUCUCACAAGGUUGUUUCCUGGAGUGUCUUUGGAAUGGACGGGGGUUCAUGUUGAUUCUGUGCAUAUAUUCGGCAUUUUGACUGCUCUAGUUGUUCUACCAACUGUUCUGUUGAGGGAUCUUCGUGUGAUUUCUUACCUAUCAGCUGGGGCUGUUCUUGCAACAGUUCUCAUAUUCCUUUCGGUAUUUGUUGUUGGUAUGGAGGAUGGAAUUGGUUUCCAUCAGACUAGUCCAGUGGUGAACUGGAGUGGUUUACCAUUUGCAAUUGGUGUUUAUGGAUUUUGCUAUUCCGGGCAUUCGGUGUUUCCAAAUAUUUACCAUUCGAUGUCUAAUAAGAAACAAUUUAACAAGGCACUGGUAGUAUGCUUUGUUUUGUGUGUUGUAUUAUAUGGGGGUGUUGCAGUAAUGGGAUUUCUCAUGUUUGGUCAGAGUACUCAGUCUCAAAUUACUCUUAAUAUGCGGAAGCAUGCUAUUGCAUCAAAGGUUGCAAUAUGGACAACAGUGGUCAAUCCUUUUACCAAAUAUGCCUUGUUAAUGAAUCCAUUAGCCAGAAGUUUGGAAGAAUUACUGCCUCCGAGAGUGACUAAUACUUUCUGGUGCUUUAUUUUGCUAAGAGUAAUUCUUGUCACUUCAACCGUAUGUGUUGCAUUUCUUCUACCAUUUUUCGGUCUUGUGAUGGCUUUAAUCGGUUCUCUCCUCAGUAUACUUGUGGCUAUUGUGAUGCCAGCUCUAUGCUUCUUAAAAUUGAUGAGGAAGGAAGCUACCCAGAGCCAGAUAAUUUUAAGCGUGCUUGUUCUCGUGUUGGGCAUCUUCAGUGCAGCACUGGGGACAUACACCUCAUUGGCAAAGAUUGUGAACCAAUACUGACUUCACGGCAGUCGCUUAAUUGUUGUCAUUGCCACGAUACAUUAUAUUCUCUUUGAUCUUAUUCUUCGGUAGGGGUAAUAUGGCUUCAAUAUGGCUGGGGAAGCGUAUUUUUACCUUUUUUAUCUUCCAUCACUAAUGAUGUAGUAAUAUUUGUAUUCGUUUUU